GCGUAUGCAGUGCAUGGAUUUCGUGGCAAAUUUGGUUUUAUCACGUCGAUGAGUGAGCAUUUUUGCUUCACAUGCAAUCGUCUACGAAUAACUGCGGAUGGAAAUUUGAAGGUGUGUCUUCAUGGAAGUAAUGAGGUAUCGCUGAGGGACGUGCUUCGCUCGGGUGCUACUCAGCAGCAACUUGAGACGGUUAUCCGAGAGGCUCUCGGCAGAAAGAAACGACAACAUGCUGGUGGGGUGGCUUAUCAGCCCUUAUCAGUUUAUCAGAGUAGAGAAUCUCGUUCGAAUGACCAAUCGACCGAUGAUCCUUAU